AUGAGUAGUUUUCAUCCUGAUGCUUUGGACUGUUUUUUAUGUGCAGACGAAAUGUCAAUAAAACAACAUUUAUUUUAUAAUGUUUCAAAAGAUGAGAUAAUUGGUUUUAACCAAUCAAAUUCUUUUAGGACAUAUGAACCUGCAAAAUUUGCUCUUGUCCUUAUGAUCAGAGGAAUCAAAUAUAAUUGGAAACAACCUAUUGCGUACUACCUUGUUUCUAAUAGCUGUUCUGGGCCAGAUCUUAAUGCCAUUAUUUUUUCAACGAUUCGACGAUUACGAAAUAUAAAACUUAAUGUUAAAUGCUUAAUUACAGAUCAAGGGUCAAAUUUCAUUCGCUUUUAA